AGCGGCGGCGCGCGCCUGGCUGGGCCCAGCGGAGCUGGAGGCACUGAGGAGCGCGGAGCCCCGAGCCCAGAGCGGCCGUCGCCCGAGCUCCGCCGCCCGCCCGCCAGCCCGCGCUCCAGGCUCCCGUCCGCCGUGCCCAGCCGCGGGACCCAGCAUGGUCAUGGCGGAUGGCCCGAGGCACUUGCAGCGCGGGCCGGUCCGGGUGGGGUUCUACGACAUCGAGGGCACGCUGGGCAAGGGCAACUUCGCCGUGGUGAAGCUGGGGCGGCACCGGAUCACCAAGACGGAGGUGGCGAUAAAAAUUAUAGAUAAAUCUCAGCUGGAUGCAGUGAACCUUGAGAAAAUCUACCGAGAAGUACAAAUAAUGAAAAUGCUAGACCAUCCUCACAUAAUCAAACUUUAUCAGGUAAUGGAGACCAAAAACAUGUUGUACCUUGUGACAGAAUAUGCCAAAAAUGGAGAAAUUUUUGACUAUCUUGCUAAUCACGGCCGGUUAAAUGAGUCUGAGGCCAGGCGCAAAUUCUGGCAAAUCCUGUCUGCUGUUGAUUAUUGUCAUGGUCGGAAGAUUGUGCACCGUGACCUCAAGGCUGAAAAUCUCCUGCUGGAUAACAACAUGAAUAUCAAAAUAGCAGAUUUCGGUUUUGGAAAUUUCUUUAAAAGUGGUGAACUUCUGGCAACUUGGUGUGGCAGCCCCCCUUAUGCAGCCCCAGAAGUCUUUGAAGGGCAGCAGUAUGAAGGACCACAGCUGGAUAUUUGGAGCAUGGGAGUUGUUCUCUAUGUCCUUGUCUGUGGAGCACUGCCUUUUGAUGGACCCACUCUUCCUAUUUUGAGGCAAAGGGUUUUGGAAGGAAGAUUCCGGAUUCCGUAUUUCAUGUCAGAAGAUUGUGAGCAUCUUAUUCGAAGAAUGUUGGUCCUAGACCCGUCCAAAAGGCUAACCAUAGCUCAAAUCAAGGAGCAUAAAUGGAUGGUCAUAGAAGUUCCUGUACAGAGACCUAUUCUCUAUCCACAAGGCCAAGAAAAUGAGCCAUCCAUUGGGGAGUUUAAUGAACAGGUUCUGCGACUGAUGCACAGCCUCGGAAUAGAUCAGCAGAAAACCAUUGAGUCUUUGCAGAACAAGAGCUACAAUCACUUCGCUGCCAUUUAUUACUUGUUGGUGGAGCGCCUGAAAUCACAUAGGAGCAGUUUUCCUGUGGAGCAGCGGCUCGAUGCCCGCCAGAGGCGGCCUAGCACCAUUGCUGAACAAACAGUUGCCAAGGCACAAACUGUGGGCUUCCCGGUGACCAUGCAUUCACCGAAUAUGCGACUGAUGAGAUCUACCCUCCUCCCACAGGCAUCCAAUGUGGAGGCCUUUUCAUUUCCAGCAUCCAGCUGUCAGGCAGAAGCAGCGUUUAUGGAAGAAGAGUGUGUUGAUACUCCAAAGGUCACUGGCUGUCUGCUGGACCCUGUGCCUCCGGUCCUGGCAAGGAAGGGGUGCCAGUCCCUGCCCAGCAGCAUGAUGGAGACCUCCAUCGAUGAAGGGCUGGAGACAGAGGGAGAGGCCGAGGAAGACCCCAGCCAGGCCUUCGACGCGUUCCAGUCCACACGCGGUGGGCAGCGACGGCACACUCUGUCCGAAGUGACCAAUCAGCUGGUCCUGGUGCCGGGCUCAGGGAAAGUUUUCUCCAUGAGCGACAACCCUUCGCUUGACAGUGUGGACUCUGAGUAUGACAUGGGGUCUGUUCAGAGGGACCUGAGCUUCAUGGAGGACAACCCUUCCCUUAAAGACAUCAUGUUAGCCAACCAGCCCUCACCUGGCAUGGCCUCCCCCUUCAUGAGCCUGAGGCCUGCCAACCCCGCCAUGCAGGCCCUGGCCUCCCAGAGAAGAGAGGCCCACAACAGGUCGCCCGUGAGCUUCAGGGAGGGCCGCAGGGCCUCCGACACCUCCCUCACCCAAGGAAUUGUAGCAUUUAGACAGCACCUUCAGAAUCUGGCUAGAACCAAAGGGAUCCUAGAGUUGAACAAAGUGCAGCUGCUGUAUGAACAGAUGGGGCCUGAGGUCGACCCCAGCCUGGCGUCAGCUGCUCCUCAGCUCCAGGACCUGGCCGGCAGCCGCCCUCAGGAGGAAGCUGCCCAGCAGCCGGAAGGCGUUCCUGCACUUGCCACGAGCGUGCACCCGCCGCUGUCCCCGCGGCAGAGCCUGGAGGCCCAGUACCUGCAGCACAGGCUCCAGAAGCCCAGCCUUCUGUCGAAAGCCCCGAACACCUGCCAGCUGUAUUGUAAGGAGCCACCACGGAGCCUUGAACAGCAGCUGCAGGAACACAGACUCCAGCAGAAGCGGCUCUUCCUCCAGAAGCAGUCUCAGCUGCAGGCGUACUUCAACCAGAUGCAGAUAGCGGAGAGCUCCUAUCCACAGCCUCACCAGGAGGCCCCAUCGCCGCCGCCGCAGCCGCCACCCUUCAGCCUGGCGCAGCCCCUGAGCCCCGUCCUGGCGGCCUCUGAGCAGAUGCAGUACAGCCCCUUCCUGGGCCAGUACCCCGAGAUGCCGCUGCGGCCCCUGCCCUCCGCGCCCGGCCCUCAGGGCCACCUGCAGCAGCCGCCCCCGCCACCCCCGCCACCCCCGCCACCCCCGCAGCAGCCGGGGGCCGCCCCCGCGGCCUUACCCUUCUCCUACCAGACUUGCGAGCUGCCGGGCGCCGUCUCGCCUGAGCCGGACUACCCCGCUCCCGGCCAGUACCCCCUGGACGGAGCCCAGCUGGGCGGCGGGGCAGCGCCGGACUGUCCCCGGGGCUCGGGGCUGCCGGGCGACCCCUCCAGCUACGACCCGCUCGCCCUCUCCGAGUUCCCCGGACUCUUCGACUGUGAGAUGCUGGAGGCCGUGGACCCGCAGCACAAUGGCUAUGUCCUGGUGAACUAGCCCGGCCAGGAGGUGGGACCGUCCGUGCAGGAAGCACGUGUGUUUUAUCUCUAUGUCAGCCUCUACAGUUAAAGCUUAUUUCCCGUCCUCUCCCGGAACGGAGGACCAACUCGCCCAACUGGAAUCGGAGGGCCCGGCUCGUCCCUCUCGGCUUCCUGUGGCCCACGCUGGCACACGGCUGGCCGGGCGGAGCAAGCCUCCCGGAGACGCCGCCAGAUGUUUCUCUGAGACAUCAAACCUAGUUUUACACUGAGCUACCCAGGCAUCCGGGGACGGUGAGCACAGGAGCGUGGGCCACUGUGGAGGGAAGGGGCAGUUUUUCCCUGAGGCCCAGGAGCAGCUGCUGAAGGCACACAGGAGACAUAGGAAUGUGACGUGUGGACUAAGGGAAAGCGGAGGUGCUGAGCUGCUGGUGCACGCUGUCCCCAAGGUCAUCACCGAGCAUCGAGGGAGAGCUGUUUCGGGGCCACUGAAGACCAGCUGGCACUAAGCCCCCGGCGUCUCCCGGAGCAGCGCCUCUUCAGAAGGCAGAGGGCGCCGGAGAUGUCGCCUGGGGGACCAUAGGACCCACCACGGCGGAGCUGGGCGAGGACCCGGAGGAGCCAUCGGAGCAGGGCCAGGCCAGGAAGGCGGGCCGCCCGCAGAUCUGUGCGGACUUCUGGGCGGGCAGUCGGCCUUUCGGGGAGGGAGAUGGGGACACCGUGUCUCUUCAAAUGUAGUAACUACUCAGACUUCACACUAUAUUAUAUGUUGCUAGUCUCCUGAGCUCUGUAUAUUCGGACAGGUUCACAGAGGACUAAGAAGUUUAAGAACGAGAGUGAACUUUUCUCUCCCAUGUGAAGUGGUAGUGCCGUGCCUUUUCCCGGAUCAUGCUUUAAUUAUUUCUUUCUGUAGAAACCAAGUUUCCAUCCGUGUCAAUGCUAAAUCCAAAGUCACUUCAGUUUGUUUUCCACUGUGUGGGAAUCGCAUUCUUCAUUUCCUUACGGUCUGACUUGUAAUGAAACGUUAGAGUAUUACAGCAAUAUUCAAACCGCAGAUGUGUCAGCCACGGAAGCAAAUCAUCUGCCAAACUCACUGUAUUACUAGUAAAACUUAACCCUCACAGUUAAUUCAUCAAAAUAAGUAAGAAAUAGAUGCUACAGCCACUAACCGUGUAACGAGUCACCUGUCAUUCGGGCAGUAACAUCCGUGCGUCACCAGUUCAGUGUUAUUUACGGACUCGCUGCCAUCCUGUCAGCAGGUGAACACACCGGGCACAGGCCUGUUCCCUCAGCACCGCGCAGAGCGCCACCUGAGUGGACAGGACACCUCCGCGUUCAGUCGCCUUCCCUCUUCGCAGUGAGUUCCCAGCAGGUGAGGAGGAGCCGGAAGGUCUGAGUCCGCUAUGUCUGACUCAGCCCCUCCCGGCUGGUACCGAGCAGCUAUGUUCCUGGCUCCCCGGGGCCUGGGCUGAGCGUGGGCCCGGGGUGUGGGGCCCUGGGCGUGGGGAGAGCGGGGCCGGCCAGGACGGCUGCGGGGAGGGAGGGCGGUCAUUCUGGGAGAACACACAGUGGAAAGGGAAGGACGAAUGAAGUUCUGAUGGUUUACCCUGCCUCGUGCUUAAGAUUGAUGAUUUGGUGAAAUAUCAUUACAUUUAAGAGAUCCUUCUGUUAAGGUCUCUAAUCUGUUGUAAGUCUUUGUAAAAUAUGCCAAUUAUAAAACAGGGCUUAAUUUGUUUAGACUGAAAGAAGUUUUCCCAAAAUUACUACCGAAGUGCUGUCAUGUUUAUGAAACUGACAUCCUUCCAUACUGAACUCGGGGCUGCUCAUUUCAGUCGCAGAAACAGCUGCCCCAGCAAGGCCAGGAGCCUGUCAGCCAGGACACCCAGGCUGCGCCAGGCAACCAGGCCGACGGGGGCGGGCAGGGGGGCAGCCGAGAGGCCGAUGGAAACCGAGGGACCCAGAGACAGAGCCCGCAAGCACCCUGAGCUGGCCUGCUGGCCUCAGUGUAAGUUCCUGCUGUUCUCGUGUAUUUCAGCAGAAGUCAGUCCGUUUCGUAGCCUCUGUGCUCAGUGAACCAAGCUGGGGGACUGAGUCUGGGCCGGUCAGUGUUUCCCAGCCACCUGCUCUCUGCGCUCCUCAGCGGUGAUGGGUGAGCGCCAGCAGAGCGCCCCUCAGGCACCCCGGCCUGGGAAGGCUCCUCCCUGCGCCCGCUGCCCCAGCAGCUGCCCUAUUGGCGGGGCAUCGUUGGCUUUGUUGGCCUGUGAACCCCGCCCGCUCCUCUGAAGAGACUUAGGGAGAUGAACAUGAGGUAAAAAUUUCAUUCAGCAAACAGUGCAAUAUGUGUGGUACUUUAUUUUUUGUUUUUGUCCCUUUUUUAAUCCAGGUUUAGUCUCUAUUUGGGGAAAAUGCACUAAUUCUGCAAUGUCCAGUUGGCAAGAACGUCUCUAGUUCAUACAUGCAGCUGACAUGCAGGCUCAGCAAGGCAGACAGAGCGUGUCCCACACAGUGCGUGCUCCCUGGCAGAGCCCCUCGCCGCCUCGGCCUCCAGGCCUCUGCCCUCGUGCUGCCGGGGAGCAGGGUCUCCUCACCAGCCUAGAGCAUCUCUUCAUGAGAAGCAUCUGGAGGAGAGCUAGGAAGAGCGGGCUAACGGGUCUGUUCUUAUGUGAACAAAACCCCUUCCUUUCUGAAUCCGCUGCCUCCGGGAAAGGAAGUGAGGAGCUGAGUGGGCAAGCCCAGGCCUGAGCUGGCUGGUGGGGGCCCGGUGCCCUCCAACACCGGCCUCGGCCACACUGCGAUCCGUGCCUGAAAGCAGGCGCCCAGAGGAAAGUCUGCCAUUGGGUUGGCAGGAGGGUGUAUUCUCGGCUGGAGAGUGACUGGGUGGCCCAGCAGGUAGAGAGAAGUGAGCAGCGGCAGCCUCCGUGCCGGGUGGCCAGGGGUCCGGGUGUGCGGUACCGGAGCAGCCCCUGCUUAGGGGCAGGCUGUUCAGACACAGGGACGUGGUGAGAUGUGUGGCUUCUCGCCCCAUGUCCUUUCCCUUCAGCAACAACAGCCCGUGCACCAAGCCCCAGUGGGCUAAGCACUGGGUGAGAGUGACAUCUUCCCUCGCCCGGUCCUCCCCUCCACAGCGGCCUGGCUGGAGGGAGAGGGCCCUCCGGGCAGUCCUCUGAGCAAGGCUGAGAGAGUGGCCCCCACGGAUCUGCCUGCAGCCCUGCUAGCUAACGACACAAGUGCAGGGGCACGUUAAAGACGCUGGUUUCUCCCGGUUACACCGAACGGCCAUCCCCACAGAAGUAUGCGCGGGGAGGACACCUCUUCCUCGAUGGCCAAGGGGCCAGAUGGCACAGCGCAGCCGCCCUGCCGGCCAGCAGACUCAGCCCAGGAACCUGACCUCCCGGGGCCCCAGGAGGGCCGCACUGCUUACGGUUAAGUAACAUCAAGUAAAGGUGCUGAUUAGACACUUUUAAGAUUAAAGAAAAUAACACACUUUGAUACUUUGUCUUUUCAGAAGCAACGUGGGUAGGUAGAGGUGAGCUUUAAAAAUAAAAUGGCCUGGCCAGUGUGGCUGGAUCCCCGGUUUGGCAGGUGCAGGAGGCAGCUAAUCAAUGGUUCUCUCUCAUCAUUGAUGUUGCUCUAGCUCUCCCUUCCUCUCUCAGAUCAAUUCAAAAAAAUAAAAAUAGGAGAAUAGCAUCCCAGGAAAUGUGACCGCAUAUUGGAAUGACGUUCACAUCCACAAAUACCGAUCGCGGGCUGGGGUGCCCAUCCAGCCAGACUUUCUCAAUCAGGGAAAUGGGGGUGGUGACACCUGCCCACCGCUGAUGGCAAGAGAAAUCGCCUCCACCAAAAUCCCUGAAGGGAAAGUGGAUAGGAAAGGAGGUUGGCUUCCUUUGGGGGCUGCAAUUUCAGAAAUAAAAGUCAUACAGAGAUAAUUGCACUUUGUGGGCAGGGCAGCACGAUUCACUUAUUUCCGAGGGAGGUUUGGUCUGUGAGUAAUUUUGAUAAAAUUAAUCUAAUUGUAGUUAUUUUUAAUGUGUGAUUUUUUAAAAUGACUAAGGAAUAAAUGGUGAGUUCAACAGCUUUGGUAUUUUGAGUGCAAAUCAUAAUAGCUUCAAUGUGAAAAAGUUUCAAAAAAAAUGUAACUGUCACUCAAUGUUAGAAAAUAGCCUAAAAUGCAGUUUAAUAAAUGAUCUUUGUAUCAAACAUUAA